UUAUGCCAAGGCCAUUUAUGAUAAUGUUGCGGAUAUGUACGACGAGCUGUCCUUCAAGAAAGGCGACAUCCUUACAGUCAUCGAGCAGGACACCGAAGGCAUCGAGGGCUGGUGGCUAUGCUCGCUGCGCAACAGACAGGGUCUGUGCCCCGGCAACCGUUUGCGCAUCUUGAACUCUUACGACUCGGGCUGCUUUUCGCCCUCGCCGGCCAGUUCGCCGAUUCCAUCGCUGGCGGCCAGCACAGCGACCUUAAACAGUUCCAUCUGCUCGGCGGAGAUCUAUGAGAAUGGCUCGAUGCUGAAUGCCAGUGCAGCAGCCGCGGACACGCAAUCCACAGGCUCCAACACCAACUCAACCUCAUCGAGUGGCCAGGGCCGAGGAGGACGCAGAUCAUGGCACGUCUCCCCAAAUAAGGUCAUAACGCCACAGCGGCACGGGGAUGAGUACAUCUACAACUAUUCGCCUGGUACAGUGUGUUUGGGAGCGUCGCGUUCACCGAAUCCGAAUCCGAGUCCACAGCAGAUAUACAGCAAUCAGAGCAUCUACCAGAAUCUGGGCACGAUGAUGGGCAACGGCUCGAUUGGCAAUGGAAGUGAAUUCGAGACCUAUGAUAUACCCAAGCCAGCGACGCCUGUGCAAUUCAAUUACGAUGGCGGUCGGGGAGUGGGCGUGCGCACGCCUACGACGGGCUCAGCUCUGGGCGCACGCUUCGAUUCGUUGAAGAGUGUCGAGGAGGAGUCCUACGAUGUGCCACGCCCUCUGCUCCCAUUACAGCUACAGCAGCAGCAACAGCAGCUGCAAAAUACAUUAACGCCCAGCAGUUCGGCUUCCUCUUUGCUUACCAGCGACAGCUUGUCAUUGAGCUUCUCCAGCUCGAAUCGCAGCUCGCUGGCAAAUAUGCCCGACUACGAUAUACCGCGUCGUCAUCCUCUGCCCGUGCGGCCACAUCAACGCCCGCUCGCUUCCGCCAACCAAGCCAACUCUUUGCCGCCGCUGCAGGAGCAGGCGAGCAAUGCCAACAAUGCCAGCAAUGCCAGCAAUGCCAGCAAUGGCAGCCAUGUGAGCACAGUGAAAGAGUUGCCUCUGGAGCUGAACUCAGCGCUGGAAACGCUGGCCAAACUGCAAUCGCAGACAACGAUGGCCAUCUCACGUCUGCUCGGCUUUGUGGUGCCGCAUUGGCGCACGCCCGCCCAGCUGGAGAAGCACGCUAUGGAACUGAAGCUGGCUGCACUGCGUCUGCGCACAGCUCUGCACGAUUUGGCCGAGUUUUGUGAGGGCGCAUUGGGUAAUGCCCAGAGUUCUGAGGAUCGCAAUUUGGCUUUGAAGCUGAGACCCUUGGUGCGUGCGCUACGCGAUGCCAACAAGUUGAUACAGGACUCCUCGGACGCGCUGGACGAACAGGGUGGCUGGUCAGUGGAGCAGCUGGCGUGUAGCGAUGAUAAGCAUGGCUGCCGGCCGCCAGAUAGUCUGGAUCAGUUGAUUGCCUGCGCCCAGACGCUCACCGAGGAUGUGCGCUCCACCACCAGCUUCAUCCAGGGCAAUGCCUCGCUGCUGUUCAAGCGACAGUUGCCCGCGGAUCAGCAGCUCCACAGUCAGAAUGGUGGGGAGAGCAGCAUUGCCGGCGGCCGUGGCAGUGCCGCUUGGCUCGAGGAUUAUGACUAUGUGGCCUUCGAGUCCAAGGAUGCGGCGGCCAAGAAGAAUCAAGCACUGAGAGAUGUCAUACCCGCUGGCAUGAAAACUCAGUUCGAUUGCGCUCUAAAGAUAGCCGAGUCUACGGCCAUGGGCAACACGCCAACGGUGCCGACCACGCCCACAGCUAGUGUGCCCCAGCCCAAUAGGUCACCCGAGCUGACGGACAAGGAUAAGAAGGUGGUGCGCUAUUAUGCUCAACAAAUUUCCACGCACAUGGGCAACCUUCUACGUGCCAUCGACUCCUUUUUGGAGACCGUCGAGAAGAAUCAACCGCCGAAGUAUUUCAUCGCCUAUGGCAAAUUUGUGGUGGUCAGCGCCCACAAUCUGGUGACCAUUGGAGACAAUGUGCACCGUAACAUCUCCAAGGAGGCGUUGAGAGAGAAAAUUCUCCACUGCACCAAUGCUUUGUCGGACGCAUUGAAGACCUGCGUGCUGAAGUCGAAGAAGGCCGCGGCGCAUUUCCCGAGUGGCAGUGCGGUUCAGGAAAUGGUCGAUUCGGUGGUGCACAUCAAUAAUUUGGCACGUGAACUGAAAACCGUCAUGCUGCAGGCCGUCAAACUGUCGGCGAGCGAUGGAUCCUAAAGAGGCGAGCCAGGCGACUAGGCGACUAGGCUUACAAAGUCUUCCAGGCUGCCAGCUGGCAAAUGUUCCUUACGGCUUAUCUGAAUUGGCAUAUCCCAGCACGCAUCGAUACUCGAUAUAUGAUUUGCAUUGUGAUAUUUUCAGAAAAUGCACAGAGCUACCCAUAGAUCGUUGCCACGAUCUCCCCAUACAUACAAAUAUAUAUAUUAUAGAUGUAUAUAUAUAUAUACAUCUGCAU